AGCUCGCCCACAAGGAAGAAGCUCAAGACAGGCGACCGUUUCAUCCCUAAUCGCACAGGCGUCGACCUGCUCGCCGCCUUCAACCUCGAGUCUAUCGAAGCGCGACCACUCGCCGUCGCUGCGGAUACGAAACGUCAACGUACAGAAGAAGCCAAUCGCAACUUUAGUACGCUUCUACGGUCUGAGCUCUUUGGCGAUACCAUACCAGAGCCAUCACUGCUUGAAAGGCAUCGCAAUGAGUUUAAUCAUACAACGCGCAUCAAGACACCGCCACGGUCAACGAGCCCUGCGUCUGCUCCGACACCUGGUGCUGCUUCCACAACACCGAAAUCUUCGUCUCGCAGUAAUUUGUUCUCCUACAUGUCUCCCUCGGCCCGGUCGCAGCAUCAUGCAAGUACGCGAACACCAACACAACGGUCAGGACAUCCAGAUCCGCAUGGUGAAGUCUACUCCCUCUCACCUGUUCGCUUUGAUUCACAACGACUCAUCACAUCACCGCAAAAACAACACAGAAAAGUGGCCAAAGUACCGUAUAAAGUGCUCGAUGCACCAGACUUGCAGGAUGAUUUCUACCUGAACCUCGUGGAUUGGGGUGCUGGCAACAAGCUUGCCGUGGGACUUAAUUCAUGUGUCUACCUCUGGUCUGCGGCGUCUGGCAAAGUGACUAAAUUGUGCGACACGGAUACGAUUGGUGGCGGUAACACACAAGCAGCAGGUCCCGUCACCUCUGUUUCAUGGAUCCAACGAGGCUCCCACGUCGCUGUGGGCACACACAAAGGACUCGUUCAUAUUUGGGAUGCAGAAACACAAAAAUUAACACGCACCAUGACGGGUCAUACAUCGCGUGUGGGUGCCCUUGCGUGGAAUGAAUCUAUCCUCUCUUCUGGAUCACGCGAUCGUCUCAUCUAUCACAGAGAUGUGCGUGUGCCUGAACAUCAUAUUCGCAAAUUGACCGGACAUCGCCAAGAAGUAUGUGGCUUGAAGUGGAAUGGUGAACAAAACCAACUCGCCUCUGGUGGCAACGACAAUAAACUCUUUGUCUGGGAUGGACUCUCUGAUAAGCCACUCUACAAGUUUUCUCAGCACACAGCAGCCGUGAAGGCGAUUGCGUGGAAUCCGCAUCAGCAUGGCAUCCUUGGAUCUGGUGGCGGAACACAAGACAGAACCAUCAAGUUUUGGAACACACUGACAGGCACGCAAAUCAGUGAGAUUGAUACAGGCAGUCAAGUGUGCAACUUGCUGUGGUCGAAGAACUCAAAUGAGCUGGUGAGUACGCAUGGGUAUUCAGAGAAUCAGGUGGUGGUGUGGAAGUACCCGAGCAUGACACAGAUUGCGAGUCUGACGGGCCAUACCUAUCGUGUGCUCUAUUUGAGCAUGAGUCCGGAUGGCACCAAUAUCGUGACAGGUGCAGGGGAUGAGACGCUGCGGUUCUGGAAUAUCUUUGGCAAA